AUGGAAUUCUACGGAAGUAAUUUUUUCCGACUGCGGCUAGCUUUAAGCCUAAUAAGUGGUAAAGCCAUAACAAUAAAAAAUAUCCGAAAGAAAAGAAAGAGUAUAAUUAAAAAUGGAAUGAAUAAUGAAAUGGAUAUACAAGAAGAAUUACGGAAGAACAAAGAUGGUGAUAAUUAUAAUAAAUAUGGUCUUAAAGAAUAUGAAGCAAAAAUAUUAAAAUUAAUUGAUAAAUUAUGUGAUAAUACUACUAUAAAAAUAAAUGAAGAAGGAGAUGAAUUAUAUUUCGAACCCGGAUAUCUUAUUGGUAAUACAAAUGAAGAAGAUUCAAGGAAUAUGUAUAAUAUGACAUUUCAUUGUGGUAAAGAAAGAAGUAUAACAUAUUAUUUAGAAUUUUUGAUUAUGAUAGUUUUGUUUUUUAAAAAUCCUGUUAAUAUUUUAUUAAAAGGUAUUACAGAUGAUUAUAUUGAUAAUAAUGUUUAUACUUGUAAAAUAAUAUGUGAACAUUUUUUUAAAGAAAUUUUAAAAUUAAAUGAAGAUUUUUUAUAUAUUAAUAUAUUAAAAAGAUCUACAAAACCUGAAUGUUCAGGUGAAGUUCAUUUCUUUAUGAGAAACAUUAAAAAAAUAAAUCCUUUUGAUAUAACUAAUGUUGGAGUAGUUAACAAAAUAAGUGGCUCAAUUUUAUCAAAUAAUAUAUCUUUAAUGUUUAGAAAUAAAAUAAUGAAUUUUGCAAAAAAACAAUUAUAUCAUUUUACACCUUAUAUUAAUAUUGAUGUACAAAAGGAAGAUGAUAAAAAAAAUAAAAAUAUAAAUUCCCAUUUUAUCUCUUUUUCCUUAUUUGCUCAUACAAAAUGUAAUUGUAUAUAUGCUGCAGAUAUAUGUGUAGAUGAAUUAUUUUUAAAGAAACUCAAAGAAGGUAUAAAUCAUCGGGAUAAACAUGAACAUAUGCAGGAUAGCUCUAAUAUAUUGGAAGAUAAACAACAUUAUAUGAACGGCAAUUAUCAUACGAAUGAUGAAAACAUAGUACCUUCUUAUACACAAAAAGAUCAACAGAAUAAUAUAAUAACAAAACAUAUAAAUAAUAACUUACACGAUGUUGAUAUAUAUGAACGUCUAGGAUUCUUUAUAUCUUUAAAAAUGAUAAAUCAGAUUAAAGGAUUAUCAUCAGUAGAUACAAAUUAUCAAUGGUUACCUUUACUAUAUAUGGCUUUAGCUACUGACACGUCUGUUUCUAAGAUUACAUUAAGUAUUAUAAAACCAUAUUCUAUUACACUCAUUAGAUUAUUGCGUGAUUUUUUCAAUGUUGUUUUUAAAAUAGAAAAAGUACAAAAGUCGCCAAUUCAUUAUUCCUAUCUCAUUCAGUGUGUUGGAAUAGGAUAUCAAAAUAUUUUCAAAAAAACUUUUUAA